AUGUUAUUCUUACUCGUUUUUCUUUUCUUAAUUCAUCAAAUAAAAUCUUGUCCAUUAACUGAUGAAUAUUUAUCUCGUUGUCAUUGUGGAAUAUUAACAAACGGUGAAUCUUAUAUAAAAUGUGAAGAAUAUUCUCUUGAUCAUAUACCAAAAUUUAAACGUUCAUAUUCCUAUGAUGAACUUAUAUUAACAAAUAAUAAUAUAAAAAAUUUAACAUCAUCAUCAUUUGAUAAUAUAAAAACAAUAAAACGUAUUAAUUUAUAUGGAAAUAAUUUAUCUCAUAUAGAUGAAAAUUUAUUACGUUUAUUAGGAAAUUAUUUAGAAGAAUUAAUAUUGACUGGUAAUAAUCAUAUAAAUUCAUUAGAAUUUUUAACACGUUAUCCAUUAAAAAAAUUACGUUUAAUUAAAUUAAAUCAAUUUAAUUUAACAAAUAUAAAUUUAGAAAAAUUUUUUCAUAAUAUGACAAAUCUUGAAAUAAUUUAUUUAAAUUCAUGUCAAUUAAAACAUAUACCAAAUAUAAAUCAUAUAAAACAAUUAAAUUUAGAAAAUAAUUUUUUAUCACAAACAAUAUUUCUAUCAACAACAUAUUAUUAUCUAAAUCUUGCUAAUAAUUAUAUAACAUCAAUUAUAUUACAAAAUAAUAAAAAUUUAAUAUCAUUAAAUAUAUCAAAAAAUAAUUUAAACGAAUUUUAUUCAUUAACAAUAUCAAAUAAAAAUUUAACAAUAUUAGAUUUAAGUUAUAAUUAUUUAACAUAUAUUGAUUGGACAAUAUUAAAUGAUAAUUUAAUGUAUCUUAAUCUUAGUUCAAAUUUUUUUACAAAUAUUUUAUUUAAUUCAUUUCCAAAAUCCUUAUUAUCACUGGAUUUAAAUUCAAAUCAAUUAAAAACGAUUGAAAAAAAUUAUUUUUUUCAACAAUUAAUUUAUCUUAAUUUAGAUUUAAAUCCAUUUGAAUGUAAUUGUCAUAUAAAAUGGUUAAAAAAUUUAAUGAAAAAAUUUAAUACAACAACAUGGUCAUGUUCAUCAUCAGAUUUUAAAUGUCAAACGAAUUUAAUGCCACAAAUUAUUUUUUUUAAUAUAAGUUUUAUAAAAAUUUUUAAUAAUUAUGCUCUUUUUCUACAAUGGUCAAUUGAUAAUUAUCACGCAAUUAAUUAUUUACAAAUAACUAUUGAUAAACCUUAUCAAAUAUCAAGAAAAUUUUAUUCAAACCAAACACGUGCAUUUAUUUCAGAUCAUAUAGAAUUUAAUCAAUAUUAUCAUAUAUGUUUAUUAAUAAUACAUAAAUAUGCGCAUGAUAAAUAUUGUCAAGAGAUAUUUACAAAAAAUCCAAUUAUAAAUAAUCAAAUAAAGUAUCAAGAAAAUGAUUUUAUUUUUAAUAAUAAUAAUAAUAAUAAUAAUAUAGAUAUUGAUACAAAAACAAAUGAUUUUAAUGAUAAACAUUUAUAUUUAUUAUUAAUUGGUUCGUGUAUUGGUGCUUUAUUAACAAUUAUAUUACUUAUAACAUGUUGUUAUUUAUGUUAUCAAAUAUAUCAAUACAAACAUAUUAAUCAACAACCUAUUUACGAAAAAUGUUCACAACAUAUUCAUUAUCCGAUUUAUCAUACACAUCCACAAUGUUCGCAUCAUCAAGUAAUAUAUAAUUCAGAAAAUAUAUCAAAUUCAACGGAUAGUAGUCAUAUGGAUACAUCAUCAUCAACAACAACAAAUAAUCCUAAACAUAUUUAUCAAACAAUUGAUAGUCAAGAAUAUCGUUCAUUAAAAAGACAACAUCAACAUUUAUUUGAAUUGUGGAACGAAUCUGUUAAGCAGAAAAGAUAA